ACUGUGAGAGACAGGAGUCAGCUGAAGUACCUGACUGGUGACUGGUUUUACGAGAUCAAGCAGCUCCGUCAUCAAGAUCGCAUCCAUGGCUCCGACAUCAUUAUGGCUUCUCUGAGACACACACACAAACCACUGACCAUACGUGAGUGAGCUACACCUUGACUCGUGUCCUUCUGAAGCAUUGGUGAGUGUGCGUCUUGCAUAGCUGGUCUUGGAGCUCAGUCAGCAAUCCAGCUGUUCACAUCAUCUGACUGAACUUGGAAUUGUUAUACUUGCCAGAACUAAACCAUCAAGCAAAGCUUUAAGCAUGCUGCUAGAUUACAGUUUACUUGAUCCUGUAUGUUUUACUGUUAAGAGUUACUCCAGCUUUACUGGAUCCCUGGUCAUGCUAUCAGGACAGAUGUAAGUAUGGUUCAGCCUUAGAACACUGUGCUACCUUAAUCCAAUUUCUGUUUAUUGACCUAGAAGGUCAACAACUACCUUUCAUGCUUGUUUUGGUAUAUAAAACCAGCUUUGGCAAUAUUGAUGUGUUUAAUCUUGUCUGGACAUGUUCUGCUGUUACACACAGCACUCUGCACAGGACUGACAUUACCAUUUGUAGCCAAACUGUAGUGCUAGGUUGCUUAAUUUGCAGGGAUUUAGUUAAUAUUAAAAUCUUUCCGAGGCUAGGAUACAAUCACCAUGAUUCUGACCAGCCAAUACAGACACAAUAACAAAGUGACCUUUAGUUGAUUUUAGUGGCAAUGGCCAAUCACAUGACAUGUAUUGCGAAUUAAAUGUGUUGGGUGGUUGCAACAAAGUUUUGUUUUUUAAUCAAACUGUUGAGAGAAGGUGAACUUGAACUUGAACUGAAAACUGCGAAUGGAUGUUUGUUGCGUAUGUCUGAUAAAUCUCACAGUGAGUGCUGUUUGCAGGGGAGCUUUCUCACAUACUGCCAGAGAAAUCGAGGUUUAUAAGCAGUGACAAUAAAGACGUCUUCGUCCCACCUGUGCUACGUGGAUUUCUUGAGGAACCUCCCUCAUGUGCCAGUGAUGAAAGGUAUCAAAACCAAACGUGCUAUGAAAAUACACAGGAGGUGGCUGUUCAGCAGUCAGCUCCAUGCAAGUCCCAGAAGCAAGAAACAUCUCAGCGAGGCCUUGUAUAGAGGCAGGGAUUGGACCCAGACAAUGGGUAGGGGUUUCUCUGACAAUUGUCAUUUGGAGCCUGUAAGCCCCCCACUGCUCGGCCUAGUGUCUGCUGAGGAAUUGGGCAAUCUUCCUUCUCUGGAGACAGAGGCUGAAGAGGCUAAGGCUACACAUGAGCCAGACGGGGACAGUAUUUAUCAAGAAAACCUACCUGAUGUUUCGCUUAGUUUUGGCUCAGCAGGUUUUUCUAAUGCUGUACAGAAAAGGCCAGAGCUGCUCAGUGGUUUUAGUAGAGAGAGUUUCAAAAGUCCUGCAGUGCAAAGUAAACCAACAACAGAGUUACAUAUAUUCAAACUGAACAAAACAAGUGACAAACUUGAACUCUAUCAAAAGACAUCUGUAUCUGUAGACACAUCUGUGAGUGUCAGAGGUGAAGCUCCUCAUCCUGACAUGAUAGGCGCCAAGACACUACAGCUUGCAGCAUUAGAGAACACUCCAUUAAAAGACACUUUGACCACAGUUCAGAAAAUAAUAUUCACCGGAGAAGAGGCAAAACAGGAAGACCUGGCCAAGGCACCAAAGGAACCUUCAUUUGGCCCUCACAUGUAUGUGGAGGUUAUCACUAGCAGGUCUCCAGAACCCACACCACAGCAUGAAGACACCCUCUCAAUAGACUUAUUAAAGGAAGAUGUUACAUAUCGAGCUAGUCGAGUUGCCAUUUGUGAAGAGACAGAUGACUCUUUACCAGGUACAAGUAUCGAGCCCCAGGUUUUGGAACCACAUGAAUAUGUUUGCAAUCCUCCGUUAGCAUCUUCUCCUGUUCCAGUUCCCCUUCCCUGUCAGUCCACAUCCAGUCCUCAAAGAGCCAGACCAUCCAAGGUCAGUCACCUUAAGCAUUUCUGGGAGAAAGAUCAUGCAGGUCCAAGAGUAAUUGUUGCAAGAGCCAAAGAAGCCUCACACCCCUUAGCACUUGGUGUAGAGAUUUCUCCUCAAUGUGAUCUGAAAAGAGAGAGACCUGAAAAAGAAGAAGAAACAUAUCCACAUGCAAGCAAAUCCAGUGGUGCCUUGAAAUCACUGAAAGUCACAGAUAAAAGUUUUGUUAAUCCAGACAUGCUACAGCCAAAGAGACCCAAUAGUACUGGGGAUGUACUAGCAACAAUAUUCCAACAACAGACUAUAGAGUGUCUGGGUCACAUUACAAGAUCAAAAGCACAGAAUGAUGAAGUCAGGAGGAGUCCAUCUAAGACUUGCCACCCAAGGAUUUUACCCACAGAAUCCUCCAGUCAUAAGAUGUCCAGGGAAGAAUGUUCUCCACUGAAAACCUUCCCAAUAGACAUCAGCCUCCAGACUAAGGAGACUAAAGAUCAAGAAGAAAAGCCAACGUCACUGCCAAGACGGAGUAGUCUUACACGUGAAUUAAAGCAGACAGUAGUGAUGGAUAACAUGAGCUCUCAUCACCUACCACUACAUUCACCCUUAAAUACACAACAAUGGAGUUCAAGCUCCUCUGAAUUGCCAUCCAAAGAACCUCUACAAAAAUUAGAGACCUUAACUGAACAUUUCAUUCCUUGGAACAUUGAGCACUACCUCAAGCCACAGGAGAAGGCCCAUUUCCCUCUUUUUCAGCAAGACAGCACAGCUAAUGCUGAAGCUGAUGCCAUACACAGGCCACAAAAAGCCUUCAGAGAUGUGGGAAACCUGAGUGACAUAUCAAAUGAGUGGAGUCUUCCUACAGUUAGUUCUGGUGGUGUGCACAGAAAGCUCAGCAUAUCCAGCCCCGACACAACCAGAGCCUCGUCUCUGUCUUGGGAAAGUUCAGACAGUUAUGUUGGUAGUUCUAAUCCCACCCUACCAGCAUUCUCUUCAAAGAACAUGUCUUCAUCUAAAUGUUUGCAAAGGCUUACCACAGAGUGUGUCCUAAAUGCAGGAGAGGAAUGCACCAAAAAUGAAAAGACCUUGAGUGUGGAUGGUGCUUCCUCCACUGCUUCACUCUUCAAUGCAAAGCACACCAACAGCAGCUUGUCUGUGCCCGUUCUUCAGCAGGAUGGGAUAGAAAUUGACUUCACCUCUGAGGAUAACUUGGGCUGGAGGAGGAACACAGGCAGCUCCAUGUCUAACCUAAGUCUCUCCUCAGGAAUGGCCUCAAACUCAUCUAAUGAACAGGUCAGUGGCAGCAUCGGCAGCAUUUACACUCCAGACAGUGGUGAUGUUGAAGCGCAGGGAAGCAUCCAGUUUGCUGUCAACUACAUCCAGAAGCAGGGAGAGUUUCACAUGUUUGUUGUGCACUGCAGAGACUUGGCUGUGGCAGAUACCAAGAGAAAUCGCUCUGACCCGUAUGUUAAGUGUUAUCUUAUCCCUGACAAAACUAAAUUAGGCAAAAGAAAAACUACAAUCAAGAAGAAGACAUUAAACCCCACCUAUAAUGAAAUUCUUACGUUUAACAUCAGCAUGGAAGUGUUGAAAACUCUGAAUUUAAACAUCUCGGUAUGGCACAAUGACACCUUUGGGCGGAACAGCUUUCUGGGCGAGAUGGACCUGGAUCUGUCUGAGUGGGACUUUGACAACACACAGAUCAACGAAUACACAUUAAAAAACAGGGUGUCGACACAAACAUUAACAUUGUCCCCAUCACACCUGUUGGACAGAAAAGGACAGAUGAGAGUCGCUCUGAGAUUCCUGACACAGAUGUCCCACUGUGAAAGAACAUCUAUAGAGACUGGUGAGGUCCAGAUAUGGGUGAAAGACGGCAAGAAUCUUCCCUCUGACAGAGGAGUGACUAUUGACCCGUUUGUAAAAUGCACUGUACUUCCUGACACAAGCAGAAAAAGUCGGCAAAAAACUCGGGUGGUGAAGAGAACAGCCAAUCCGAUGUUCAACCACACCAUGGUGUACAAUGGCUUCCGACCAGAGGAUCUCAGAGAGGUCUGUGUGGAGCUCACAGUGUGGGACCACGACCGGCUGAACAAUCACUACUUGGGUGGCAUGAGGCUGGGGCUAGGGACAGGGAAGAGUUAUGGAGUUGAUGUGGCCUGGAUGGAUUCAACAACAAAUGAAGCACAUUUAUGGCAGAGGAUGUUGCAGUCUGGCGGCGAAUGGGUGGAGGAUGUUUUACCCCUCAGAAUGUUUGUCAUUGCAAAAAGCAUUUCAAAAUGAGAUUGUACAGUAUACAAAGUUGUGAUAAAGUUGAAGCCUCAUAGGAAUACACUUAAUGUGCUGCUGCUUAGAUACAAAUACUUAGAGUGAGCAGUCUGCCUGUAUGAUUAGUUGCUAAUUAACACAAACAUCUGUAGGUUGUAUUGUAAUGUUAAUUAGAAAGCAAAUGAUUUGAGAACAAAUGAUUUACACACGCUAGUUGUUUGUUGUUUUUCAAUAAGAUGAUCAACAAGCAGAAUAUGUUCAGUAAAAGCAAUAAUUAAACAUAUUAUUUCAAAAAUGUAUUUCACUUAUGCUAGAAUCAAGUUAGCAGUAAUAUUAGAAAUAAAAUUCCUGCCCCCGAGAGCGUGGAUGGCAAUCAGCAAGAAAAAAAAUAUAAUAAAAUAGAAUAAUAAUAAUAAUUAUAAUUCUAUACAUUCAAUGCAUCAGUAUUUUCAACACUCUAUGCACAGGUCUGACUUUGCUCAUUGACUCAUUGACAUCCCGCCAUAUGAUUGGUGUUCAUGUCCUGUCAAUCACAAAAGGAGCUAGCUUGCCAGGGACUACCCUCUAUGUUGCUAAAGUCAGUUUAAACAGCUGUGUCAAGUCCAGUGCAUUUGCCUUUGACGUCAGGUCAGGUUCCUUCAAAAUACCAGAAUAAAGCUUAAUGUUUCUCUG